AUGAGAUGUUACUUACUUUCUUGGAUCAUAACAAUAGCUGCAAUGAAAGGAUCAAAAUAUUAUCGUCUUCCCAGCGGUUUGAUACCCAUUGAUCAUUUUUCUCCCAUUCUACGUGACGCAUAUAACCUGCCGCAGAACGUCCCGCAAUCUUUCGCCUCAGAUUUCGGCGGCACUCUCAUGACACCGCCAAGAAUGAAAACAUCGUUUAUUCCAACAACGGAUGACUCAGGAUAUGGGAAUGUGGGUGGAAGUUUGCCAUCGUAUACUAUCACUCCGAAAGGGAUAACUUAUGCAGAAUUCAGGCAAAUGAUGCAAAAUAAGAUUGUGGAAAACCCCAAUGAAACGCCAUAUCAUGGUAACGUCAAUGGUCCUACUCCUACCAAGCCCCGGCCACCUUCUGUAGCACCACCGGUAGCAAUCGCAGAGGUAACUACAGUACCGGCAGUAAUGGCUCCAACUACACCUACUUCUAUGGUCACGAGACCUGCCGAUCGUGCUCAAUACAUUAUGGAUCUUCACAAUCAUUAUCGUCUUAAACCAGAAUAUCAAAAAACAGCUAUACGAGGCCAGACGUACACAACAUUUGGCGGAAGUCAAUUCUAUCAGAGUUUGUUCGGAUUGAAAAAUGGCUUCUCUCCAUUAUCGUUCCUUCUUAAUGGACGUGGUGGACAAUCUCCGUUAUUCGUGCCCGUCCCUAUCGUUGUUCCACCACCACCUCCACCACCUCCUGGACCGAAAUGUUAUACGAAUCCUAGCGGUUUUCUUUGUUGCAAUGUCACUUUGGAAAACACAAUGGAAAUGGCCUACAAAAGUGCAAAAUCGGAAGGAAUCUCAUUGUGUAAUGUUCAAAAAAUGGCAGCAGCUGUUCAAGCAGAAACAGAAAAGAAGUUUAAAACGUCAUUCGAAACCAUAGCAGCUCAUAAAGAUUUUGUUGCUAAAGUAAAUUUUGCUGGUGAUUUGAAUUGUAAGAUUGAAGUGGACGGAAAAUUCCUUUUGGCUUAUGCGACACCAUUAAAAGAACAAGAGGUGAAUAUCAUCGAUGCAAACACGUUCUUUUCCGGAGAUGCUGACGAUUUAUUCGAUACAUUAAAUGGAACCGAAUCAAAACCAACUUAUAUUGUAUAUGGGCCUAUUCGAUGA